AGGCUUAGUUUUUCCACCUAUCGAGUCUACCAGCGAAUACAGCUUUUGAUUUUGGUUCGGAGUUUUGAAAUUUACCUUUGGCAGCCUAGCCGUUUAAACGAAAGAAGGGACCAGAAAGCGAGAAAGAUUUAAACAUCACCCUACCAAAAGUAACGUGUUGUCUCGGAGAAUAAAAUUAUAGCGAAUUAGGGAAAGAACUGUUGAAGGACUACCUUCUAACCCUAACAGCAACCAUAGAUCUAAAUAAAAUUAAAGUAAACAGUUACGCAAAAGACCUAGAAAAUACGCAAUGGAUCGCAAAGCCCCCGACUUCUCUGGUACCUGGAAAAUGAAGAGUUCCGAGAAUUUCGAAGAGCUUUUAAAAGCAUUGGGUGUGAACGUGAUGUUGCGUAAGAUCGCUGUUGCAGCAGCAUCAAAACCAUUGGUGGAGAUCACGCAAGAGAAUGAGACACUAUCCAUUAAGACCUCCACUUCAGUCAGGACCACCCAAGUGACGUUCACCGUGGGACAGGAGUUUAAUGAGACCACCGUCGACGGACGCCCCUGCACGAGCCUUCCACGGUGGGAGACAGACAGGAAGAUCAGCUGCGAGCAGACCCUUCAGAAAGGGGACGGACCUAAAACUUCCUGGACCAGAGAACUAACCAAUAAUGGCGAACUGAUCCUGACGAUGACUGCAGGUGAUGUGGUAUGCACAAGAGUUUAUGGCAAAGAGUGAAAGUGAACCAAAAAAAACCCCCACCAUUUUCAUCUUCCUGCCUUCCUCCCUACUCCGCUGGCUAACCGUGCUAAGGCUGACUCUUCCUGGAGAAACCAGGAUUCGCACAUUUAUCACAAGCGCAGUCUCAAGUCAUCCUCAACCACUUCUGCAUUACCUUAUACCUUAACCAAUGAUUCUGUUGUACCAGUUGUAUUUGGAUGCAAGCCAUCUAAGAUGUCAUACACUUGUUACUCCACAACCAAAUGGAACUGUAUGCUGCAUUAAGUGUACUUUCUUUUUUUGUCUUCUUUGUUUUUACUGUGACUUUAGUCCAGUUUCAAAUAAUGAAAUCUUGUCCAGUCUAUACAUCAGACUUCUCUGCUUAAAGCAGAGGUGUAAAUCUCUGUUCCUGGAGAUCAACCAAAGUGCAACAGUCCAACCCCAGAGGAGCAGUCCAGGAGCAUCUAAACAUUAGAAUUGGGGUGGUAUAUUAUAGUUUGAAGUCAAUAUUAGACUUUGCCGUAUAACGUUAGAGUUCAAGGCAUUAUUGUUAUGGUCAUCACAUUUAAGUUAGGUAUGUUAUAUUUUGGUUAGAUCUGUCAGAUGGGAGAUGUUUAGGAGAAGACACCUCUGGCACAAGAGUUACAAGGGUUUUAAAAUUAAUUAGCUUGUUCUAAUUUAGUGAUGAAAGCAUGAUUAGCUGACUCUACCUCACUGGUAAAAAUGGGCCCUGGACUCCAAACCACAUUUGUAGUUUGUGUGAUUCAGCUGUCCUGUGUCAUCCUAUCAGAUACUAGAACCAGACUGUAGCCAGACUGUUGGGAUGUAAACUUCUUUCUCAACAGCAAGUUGAAAUAUUGAAAUUUGGCCAUUCCAGAUGUAUAAUGUAAUCACAAUUAAUUGCAGUCAAAUGAUCACAUAAAGUCACGAUGGGAGAUGGUGUGUUUAGUGAGCAUGAGGGGCUUUGGAAAGGGUGGUGUUGCUGCAGUACUGUAUGAAUUCUAGUGUUCUUUUAGCCAUUUUUUAACAUUUGUUUUUCUCUCAUGUUUCUCUUCUGUCACCUGUACCACUUCCUUUUUUUUGUUUUUUUUUUGUUUUUUUUAAUACUUUGUAUAUACUCUAAUCCUGAGUAAUUUGUUUUCUUUUAGAUUUUGUAUAUACUCUAUUGCUGAGUAUUUCGGGGGGUUAUGUCUUUUACAUCACAUAUGGUCAAUAUUAAUUAGCAAUGCCUAGUAAUAAAAAGGUUCUUAGUA